AUGAGCAUCAGCAAUUUUGCAAUUGAAUAUGAUGCCAUUAACAGCCGGAACACCUUCACGCAUGGAGAUGUCAUUACCGGCCGAAUCAUUUUGGAGGUUUCUAAAGAAACUAAAGUCCAGGCGCUUAUUUUCAUAGCACAAGGGAAGGCUCGAGUUUGCUGUGUUUCAGGUGGGGUUUUAGACGUCCCAUUUCUUUCUUCAGGUACGGAAGUCAUUGGAAAAGGAAGACAUGUAUUUCCUUUUACCUUCAGGAUUCCCAACAGGAAAAUCCCAUCAUCUUUCACAUCAUGCGUAGGGAAGAUUGUUCACAAGCUGAAGGCGGAGCUCAAACAAUCAAUGAAGCCAACGAAAAAGACAAAAGUCCACUUCACAUUUAGAUCCAAAGCAGACAUGGAUAUCCCUGGGCUGAUGGAACCGCAGUACUUCUGCAAGGAUAAAUCUGUCAAAGCUUUCGGCUCUGGGAACGUUUCAAUGGACGUCCAUACCAAGAGCAUGGGAUACAAGCAAGGUGAGGCUGUCCUCGUCACACUUGAAGUUGGCAACCACUCAAGCCGUCCAGUGAAGCCCAAAUUCGUGCUGUAUCAGAAGAAGACCUACUUCGCCCAGGGCCACAAGAAAGUUAGCACACAUGACAUCCUCAAGGAGAAGCUCGAGGACAUCACUGCAUCCUCAGGCAACACAACCGUGACCAAGGAGAUCACCAUCCCAAGACAGCUGCCCCCCUCCAUCUUGAACUGCUCCAUCAUCAAGCUGGAGUACAAGCUCAAGAUCUAUCUGGACAUCAAAUAUGCUACUGACCCAGAGAUCAAAAUCCCUAUAGUCGUCCUUCCACGCGUUUCUGUGCCAAAACAACAGGCCGCCACUGCUAACUUAGGAUUCGAAGCAUUUAGGGCGCCAAACCAAUCGCCAUGGAGCGCAGGCCUAGAAGCAGCAUCCGAAGAUGAUCCCCCACCUCCCUAUGGAGCAUAUGCUCUGUACCCACCUGUUUCUGACGAGUCUAAGGCUGCAAUUUGAAUACCUGCCUUGAAAAAAUUUUUCAAGAUGGAACUUGGAACCACUUAAUCAGAUCAGAUAUCAAGUUCACGUGUGCACAGCCUGGAUAAAAGAAUGAAGCCACCAGGAUAUCACCCACUGGGGAUUUGAUGCCUAGGGUCUGGCGUGGUUUGGCCCAAGCCAGAAGUGACCAUAUUUGGACAAGAGGGUGGAGCUGGAGAAGAGCGGAUCUGAGGAAGGCCAUAUUUGGAUGACUUGAAUGAAUCACAAGAUCCCCUGCCCUACUCCAAAUGUUAUACACUAGUAAACAACAUGGUCACGGUGCUGUGUUGGAGAAGGCAUCAAACUAGAGAUUGAGAUCAUUAUGUUGUCAGUUUACAGUGACAUUCAACCAAAUGAGAGAGUGUUAUUUUCUCAUAGACCACUAUGAAGUAGGUUUUGCGCCCCCUGCUGGCCGCUAGCAAAAAAAUAAUGCAGGUUCAAAGCAUGUAUUUAAAUUCCAUGAAAAAUGUAUAUUGUAGUACAGUGGUGUCAUGAAGUUGUAAAAACUAACAUGUAAAUAGAAAUGAACACGUGCCUAAUGUAUCUAGAAUUAAACAGAGUAUUUUUAACCCAGAUAGCAUCAGAUUUUACUGAUUAAAUUAUUAUUAUUGUUA